AUGUCGGUAGCUGCCCGUUUCCCCAACGGAGAAUGCGGUUUAGGUGAGGAAGCGUUUCGGGGCGCGGGGGGGUCCCCGGUUGCUGGCGCAGCGACGGGUGCACUGCCCCCGGGUAUAGGGCCCAGCUCUCUUCCUUCAACGACAGAUAUCGAAGCGGGAUCCUACGCAGUGAGCUGCCUGCCUCUAUUAAGUAGGCCUGAAGAGCCUGCAGUGGGGCAGACAGCGGGUGAGAAGGCUGCCAGUGACCGCAGCUGCUCCACUACAACAGGAGCAGAUGGGCCUCUUUCUGCUGACGCUUGCAACUCUGUUUCUUCUGAAUCUGCCUUCCUACCCCCAGGUCAAGAGUGUGACUUGCCUCGUAUGUCGCUAGCCUUCACCACACCAACAGGGGGCAGCUUGCCCCCCACAGAGCCGGGAGAUAUUGAGGGGACCCUGUCUCCAGUCCCUUACCAGGCUAGGGAGGUGCUCGAAGUGGCAGGCCUCACAGCCCAGUUAAAGCGUCUUGAUAUGCAAAGUGGUUGUGAUCCUACCACGGGCGAGGGAAAGCCGCUUGGGGCCGAGGGGCUGCCUCUCCAACUCUCUUCCGCGCUUCCCGCCCCAGAUUUACAAAGCCAAGCGGUGUCGGAAGGGGGGCCUGUAGAGGCAAAGUCCUGGGUCCCAACCCAGGUUCAAGAAGGAGCGGGCGUGGAAGCUUCUCAGGUCCCUGGGGGCCCCCACAUACAGCAGGAGGGGCACCGAACAAGGCAAAAAUCGAACGCCUUCACGCCAAGCUGCGGAGGUGGGAAGGUUCGUGCGGGAGACACAGAAGACCAGGUCUACCGACUGGGCUUGCUGCUGCGCCAGCUGGGGAGGCUUGGGAGGGUGGAGAGCCAUCGUGUGUUCUGGGCUGGGCCCCAGGUAAUGUGCGAUGCGGAGCUGCGUGGUGCUUCAGGCCUGAAACCCAACGCCGUCUCCUACGGUUGCAUCUUCGAUGCCCUCGUUAGCAACGGCGCCAUGGACUUGGCUUUGAAGCUCUUGGCCGACAUGAAGGCUUCUAACCAGCCUCUAGAUCAAGCUCUGAGCCUAUUUGAGGAGAUGGCUGCACAAGGGGUGGAAAUUAACACGGUCACCUACAACUCCCUCUUAGACGUGUGUGCCCGAGUGGGGGCGAUGGACCGUGCGGCUUCUCUGUUAGAUGACAUGCUUCAGAAAGGCGUGCAGCCUGAUCUCAUAACAUUCAGUACCAUCAUAAAGGGCUACUGCGCCCACGGGCAGAUGGACAAAGGCCUCCUCUUGCUCAAGGCAAUGAAGCAGAAGAACAUAAACCCUGAUGGAGUUCUGUAUAACUCUCUUCUAGAUGGAUGCGUGCGCUCUGGUCGGUCUUCUCUUUGUUUAGAGCUUUGGCAAGAGAUGCAGGCCCAGCGUAUCAAACCGUCUAACUUCACUCUUAGCAUUCUAAUUAAAUUGCACGGACGCAUGCGGCAGCUGCCUGUUGCAUUCGAACUGGUCAAGCAACUCCCCAAGAUGUACGACUUCAGGAUCAAUGCCCACGUGUACACUUGCUUAAUGGCUGCAUGCAUAGAAAACAGACAGUACAGGGCUGCGUACAACGUCUUGCAAAUCAUGCGCCGAGAAGGAGUGGCGGCUGAUAGUAAGACUGUGAGCACCAUUGUUUUUGGCUGUUUAAAGGGGCGAAUGCACGCGCAGGCUGUGGAGGUCGUUUUGAAUGCUUUGGAGAGUGUGCGCGAGUCAAACUCGCGGGGUCAGGGCCGACAUCUUUCUCGGGGCCGCCCUUUGGGUGUCGGGACGAAUCGGAAGCAGGACUUGCCGGCUAUAGACGAGAAGACUGUGCGCUUGCUAGUGUAUCACCUGCGGGAGCAGCACAUGCAUCGUGAAUGUACAUUGGUGCUGGAGGCAGCAGUGAGUGUGGGCCUCAUGAGUCGUGCCACAGCACAAUCUCUGCUCACAGGUGAAGGGAACUCCGGGCGGAGGCUUCCCUUUGCUGCCUCCACCGUCCCAACAGGGGCCUUCGCACCGCCCCAACCCCUCAGCCGCCACCCACAUCUCCUAGCCAGCGCGCCGCCAGUCGGCGCGCGGCUCAUGGGGAUUCGUGGAGCCUCCCAGCAAGGCAGCAUGCGCUGGCAUGAGCCUAGAGGGGCCCAUCGCCACCCGACAGCUGGACUUCAUGGGGGGACCCCCCACCGCAGUGUCAAUAGCGGGGCAAAGGAAGGAUACUCACUCCCCGCCGAGGGCCAUCUGAACUUAAGCACAGUUCAGGAGAAUCCCAUGGUCUCCGCCGGCCACCCUUGGUCUGUAGAGCGGUCGCCUCCCCAGCCGCCUCCCACGGCUUCCGUAAGGAGGUCACAGGCUAUCAAUUCGCUGCAGCCCGGAGUUGAAGCGAAACAACAGCUUCUCUCGCUGCAUCCGCAAGACCCUCUCCCUCUCCGCACCGCUGGACUGCUGGGGGAUCUGCCGACGCAGCAUCUGCUGCAGCUUCCGAUCAACGGAGGCAUCAUGACAGGAGGGAAUACAGUGGAUUUGGCCCCUCCGAGUGGCCGGUCGUUAAAUAUGGGGACUCCCCCCUACAUCGCUGACGAGAGCGUCUCACCGCAAGGAGCAACGCUACACACUUCCGUCUCCGUGGAUUUGUAUGGACCUGGGAUGGUCAGCGAGUCUAGCUGUAUCUGGGGCGCUCCGCCACCCGGGACAACACAAUCUGCAACGGGCUGCGGUCUCUUUGCAAUGCCAUCGGCCGUAGCCCAUCCUCCACCGCGUACUGUGGAGCUGCCCAUUGAUAGCAACGUCCUCCAAGGGGCGGGAGGCUCAUAUUUCAAUGAAGAGAGUUGCCAGCUCACGGGGCUGCCUCUCUCUUCGCCUGCAUACGCUUCUGGUCUAGGCAGCAAGGAGGAAGUACCAAGGGGGAGGGGGGGGGGAGAUGGGGGAGGGGAUCAACCAACCUUUAAGAACCUCGGCAAGGCAUACUGA